AUGGGAGCAUGCCCAGAUUUCUAUCGAACUGUGUGUCAAAUACAACGCUUAGUUACUUAUAAUCAAGUUCGUGCAAUCUUUGGCUUUAAUGAUAGUGAUUGCAUUGGAAAAAUAUCUUUUCCAGCCGUGCAAGCAGCUCCUUCGUUUGCCCAGUCUUUCCCAUCUGUGUUUAAAAAUCUUAAGAAACCAGAGGAGGUGGGCUGUUUCAUCCCAUGUGCUAUUGAUCAAGAUCCAUACUUUAGAAUGACAAGAGAUGUUGCUCCUCGCCUUGGUCUGCCUAAACCAUCUCUUAUGUAUUCAGUAUUCUUUCCUGCCUUACAAGGAAAUCAUACAAAAAUGAGUGCGAGUAAUCCUAACACAUCAAUAUUUUUAACAGAUACACCAAAACAAAUAAAAAAUAAGAUCAAUAAAUAUGCUUAUUCUGGUGGUGGGGAUACAGUCGCUGAACAUAGAGAACGUGGCGGAAAUUGUGAUAUCGAUGUAUCUUUCCAGUACUUACGAUUCUUCCUAGAAGAUGAUAAUAAGUUAGAGCAAAUACGUCAGGAGUACUCGUGUGGCAAAAUGCUGACUGGUGAAUUGAAGAAGGAGCUAAUAACGCUUUUAACUGAAUUUGUUGGUGAGCACCAGAAGAGAAGAGCGGCAGUUACUGAUGAAGUUCUCGAUAAAUUUAUGACUCCUCAUCCAUUAAAUCUUCCUUUUAUAUGA